AUGCAACCAGGUCCGAGCCCACCCGGUCCUCGACUGGAUUCGGCAGUUUUGACCGCACCACCGGCUGCGGGGCCCUGCCAGACUGCACGCCUUGCAGAAAAUCAUAACAGCCAUCUACCAGCAAGGUCCGCUGGAGCUCAGUCAGCUCAACAUCAAGCACUGCACCCACCGAGUCAGAAACAUGUUCGUGCGGGGAGCCUUAUUGUAGAUGCCUCGAGGUUGCAGCCGAUCGAUUCACUAGCCACAAAAUGCGCAAUCUGUAAGCAAACGCUGAUAGCAAAACAUGCCGAUGGGUACCGGUUGUCGUUUCCAAAGUCGCAUCUGCUGAAGGGGUUUGCGGUUACCGAGCAGAACUCGAGGGUCAGUGGGCAACGGAAGGAAGAACCCCUUUGCUUGCAAUGUGUGGGCCGGCAUAUCGGCCCCGUAUCAGAGUCAGCGGACGGUCUUGUGAUCUCUGUUGCCAGGUUAGACUGGGCAGGGCCAGAUGAGGUCUUGUUUCAGCGCUCCUCAAAAGCGCAGCCAUGGCGCCAGCUGAAAGCGCUGCUGGGAGAGAAGCUGAAGCCCCUCAUUCUCAAGGAUCAGGAAGCGAAGCAAGAGUUUGGGGGGCGGCGUGGUAGUACUGCAGCUGAGGCUGCACUCAACAGAGGGCGGAGAGCAGGGGAGGUCCCGAGAGCAAACGCCCCCUCAACGGAGAGCCGCAGCCAAGCUUUGCCCACGGACUCCCGCGACGCCGAUGGCCGCCUUACCAUCGCUUCGCAAGCUGCCAAGUUCACCGACGGCAUCAAAGAAGGGCAGUGCGUCUUGUACAGUGUUGGAGAAGAGGACUCUCCGAGCACAGUGUACCUUGGCACUGCUUGGGAUCACAACAAUGCAAGACCAAAGCCGCUGGGACGGCCGAGCAAGGUGCGGGCGCUGCUCGAAACGGUCCAUUGGGACACAAGAGGGGUCCCAAGCUGCACGUGUGAUCGGGGGCGGCUGUACUUCAACGCCCCAUGCGUGCACAAGCUCGCGCUGCAGGCGCUGGAAAGACCAAGGCAAGCAAGCCACAUCUCUCUGCAGAAGGGGCCCAGGGUGGUUGAGGCACCUUGCAGACCAGGCGAGAGAGUCUUCGGCGUGCAUUGGAACGCAGCGUCCUCCUCGCCGCGAAGGACCAUGGUGCACUUUGGCGCCAGCGAGCAGUUCCCUUGGUACUGCGAAGGAAGACAAAGCGGUUGUUCAAAGACCGCUGACUGCAGCCACAUCCUAGAGGUGAAGAGAGCCUUGCAGCGCCCAGAUGGGGUUCACAGAGUGAGCGGGUGUCUCUUUUCGGAGGCGCAGCUUGAGCGGGCCCUAGUUUCCGUUCAUCACGGGGGAAAUGUCGUGCGAGUUGGGGCAGGGGGUGCAGCAGAGAACGGCGUGCCUGCGGGAUGCGAUGACACUCAUGCAUCAGGUCCGAAUGAAGCCCCGGGCUCCCCUUCGGAGGACGCACCCCAAGAGCUGGAACAGUAUCUCCUCGAGCUGGUCACUGGCGGCCACCACGAGGCGACCUGCAAGGGGGAGACCUGCUUCUGCAAGCAGCAUCCUAGGUUGUUUGGCGGGGUUGUUAUGGACGUCGGGGCGUGCCACACGCCAGGGUGUUGCAGCUCUGCGUCUGCAAGCGGGAAGCGGGCUCGAUCGGAGCAAGUGGAUGGGAGCGCACCUGCUGAGGGAAAGCCAGGGGUGAAGCGGAGGAGCAAAGCGUUUUGGGCCGCCAAGGGGCGCGACGCAGCAGAGCCAAUGGCAGCAGACGGCGCGCGCAGCUGCGAAGAAGAGGCCGAGAGCUGCAGUGGUGUUGGUGUGGGGAAGCAUGGCGAGGUCAUGGUCCCGGUGUGCACGAGCUGCGCUUGUCCUUCCAGGGCGUGCACCCAUGGCGCAUCAGGGCGCGUCGCAGUGGUGCUUCCUAUGGAGGCAGAGGGGGUCCAGGUCGAGAUCCCCAAGCUGGUGCGCCCGGUGGACAGCUGGGAUGUCCACGACCCUGAGGUCAUCCUAUUGCGCCAACCUGUGAGGGUCAGCGAGCUGGUGGGGCAGGACUUUGCAGAGCUCAGCGCGAUGGAGUGUCUGUCCGCCCCUUGCCCCAGGGCGCCUCCCCCCUGCAAGACUGGAUGGAUGGGGCUUUGGCAAUCCGCGCACAUCUACUCCCUGCAGUGGGCUCAAGAG